AUGUCGCAGCGAGGCUAUCGGUUGGUCUUGAUGAAGGAGGUUACUUUUCGGAGGGCUUUUCCCAAAGCCGGCAGCUGACACUGCAUCGUUUUCUGGAGCUUUUCCGCUUCACAAAGUCUUCCCAUGUCCAGCUGCCACUAAUGUAACUUUCGCUGUAUGGCGUCACCGGUGACUUAUCCCGUGAUCGCCUGCUCUGACAUUUUAUAAUACUUUUGUACGCAUAUAUAUAAGUAAGGACCAGGAUCGUCUUUGGCAUCCCUUUGGGCUCGGACUUUCUGGACAGUGUGAGGCUGGAGCUGCUGAGCACACCUGAACACCAGGGAGAUUUUGCAGCCCAGCCUGCAGUCACCCGCAUUUGCUGAUCUUCUCCUGAACUUUCUGGCUGCGUCCUUGACGCCAUCAUGCGGUGCGAUUCGCCCAUAAAGCUGCGCGUCUUCUCCCUCAACUGCUGGGGCAUCCGCUACCGCAGUCUGCAUUGCACUGAGCGCUAUGACAUGAUCGCCGACCUGCUGGCCAGAGAGGGACAUGAUAUUGUGCUGCUGCAGGAGGUGUGGAGUGAGAAAGACUUCCUGUUGCUGAAGAAAAGGCUCGCCUGCUGCCAUCCGUACUCCCAUUACUUUAAGAGUGGCGUCAUAGGAAGCGGCCUGGCUGUCCUCUCCAAGCACAGCAUCAGGGACUCGUUACUCUUCCGCUACUCGCUGAAUGGAUACCCCUACAUGGCGCACCAUGGAGACUGGUUUGGCGGGAAGGCCGUGGGGCUGGUCGUCAUGAACAUCCAGGGGCGGACGGCACACGUCUACGUCACGCAUCUCCACGCCGAAUACUGCCGGGAGCAGGACACGUACUUGCCGCACAGGGUGGUGCAGGCCUGGGAGCUACAGCAGUUUGUCCGCCACACCUCCUGUGGGGCGGACCUGGUCAUUCUGGGGGGUGAUUUGAAUAUGCACCCCCAGGACCUUGGCACCCGGCUCUUGCGGACAUACACGGGUCUCCGAGACUGCUUCAUGGAGACGGACAGUUUUGACGGUUGUGAGGAAGGCUUCACCCUUAUAGCAGACAACCCCUUCACAGACAACAAGGAGCUUCUCCCCUUUGAGAAAGGCAUCCGGAUUGAUUAUAUCCUCUUCAAGGGGUCCGACAGGGUGAGCGUGAAGUGCGAGUUCCUGACCACCACCAAGGGCUCAGUUCCCGGGAAGGCCUUCCCAUACUCGGACCAUGAGGCCUUGAGUGCCGUGCUGCUUGUGCAGCCGGGCGGGGCGGCCGUGAAGAGCUGCGGGGAAGACGACGACAUGGUGGGCCUUGCCGAAUUGGUGAACACCGUAACGGAGGCUCGCACUGAAGUGAAGGUGGGCCUGCACUGCGCCCAGCGCAUGCUGCACACGGUGACGCGCACGGGGGCGCUGGGGCUCGUCCUGCUGCUGCUGGAGCUGGCCAUCGCCGCCGUGCCCUACCUGGCCCCUGCCGCCGGGCAGCCCUUCCCGCAGGCCUCCUUCUACCUGCUGGGGGCGCUGUGCUUCGUCACCCUUCUCGGAUCCCUGCUGCUCUUCGUCUUCCACAGCAUGCAGGUCAAGGCCCUGCAGGGCGCCGAGGACCAGAUGCGGCUGGCGGCCAGCGGGCUGCAGGAGGAGCUCCGCGGACGGCCCCUGUGCCGUGAUGGGCGCCCCCUAGGGGAGGCUGCAGGCCCCGACGCUCUCAGUGAAGACAGAGAGCCCGACUCUGAUGACUCCAUUUCACGAGUGAAUCACUCCGCUAGAGAUUGAGGGGGUUAGGGAUAUAGCGCAGGCGUUUUAAAUGAAGCAGAAAUUAAGUCUCUUUUAAAUUCUUUAAUUUUCAUUGUUCCCUUUCAGGAGAAAACCUGAGAAGUCUUAUUUGUGUAUCUUCAGGUGUGCUUCAUGGUUCUGCUCCCUGGACCAAAACAAUCCCACCAUAUUAGCAGGUGGUAUUCAGCGAGGUCCUGCCGCAUGGUGGACCCAUGUUCGGCAAGCGUUAGGGUCACAUGCUGAGCAGUUAGUGCGGUACCCAGCAGUCCCAUUCAGGGGGUCCUGCUCCUGAUAAAGGAUGGGGGGGGGGAUUGGUCACUUCUUGUCUCAGGUCAUCCUCCCGCUUUCUCACCAGAUUUCCACUCCUUGAUCACCCCCCCCCCCAUCUCGUCCCCGAGCCCCGGGCCCAGUUUCUCAGGCUAGGCCAAGUCCCGUUUCCUUAAAUCCGCCCCAUUCUCUCAGGUCGCAGGAAGCUACAGCUCACCUUCGGGAUCCAUGUCAGUGCCGCCUCUGGAGUUCGUCACACGUGGCCCAACCUGCCGACAGCAGCUCGUAGAAAAAUACAAGGCGUUCUUAAACGUCCUGGAACUUCAUGACUAUCACUCAAUAUCGCUGUACUGUACUGCUAUCAUUCUUGGUAUGUUGAGCCUCUGGCUCAUUCUUUGUACUUAAGACCAGACUGAACGCUUUUAAACCAGAUCCACAGGGUGACCAACAUUGGCUGGUCAAUUCAGUAUCGUUUAGUGCCAUUAAUGGCCAGUGGACAAAUGACUUCAGGUUCCUAAAUGAACUUAGAUAAUCAAAAGCCUUUAAUUCACAUUAAAGGCCCAGAUAGGCCUCUUCCUUCAGACAAACAUUUCAUAGAAUGUUUAGUGGGGUGGUGGAAGUUAAGUUAUAACUCAGCUGGUUUAUAUUAGAAAAACUGCUCACCCGAUUACCUUCUCUGCAUUUCAUAACUAAUAAUAAUGUUGUGAUUAAUUAGUUCAAUUAAUUAGUCUAAAUAAGUACCUUUGCACUGGAAUGCUACUAAUCUACCACAUUUAGGUAACCGUUCUUUGCCGCGAUAUAGCACAAAAUACACGUCUGAGCACUUGAAAUACUUGGUAUAUGCUGUUAUCUUGCAUUCCUGGAUUGGCACUGUGUACAUACACACACGCAAAGAAAAACUGGGAGAUUGAAAGCUCUGCUGCUUCCUUAUUUCUGCUUGGAAAAACGGAGUGAAACGAAAAUAAACGCUCCUCAUGACCUCA